UGUCAAUCAGUUUGGCGUUGUAUUCUAUGAUCGUACGUGUGAUUACUGAUUCGUAUUUCGUGUGAAGAUUUGUGUUUGGCAAAUAGGAAUUAUAGGUUUAGAUUUUGCGUUAUAAGUAUUAAGGACUGGGACUUGUAUAUUAAACAUUUUUUUAGAUGCACUAUCAUUAUUUGUGCUAUCGUAAAACGUUCGUAUCGUAAACGUUCUAUAAAACGUUCCUCAUCACAACGCUAUAAAAAUGGGAGAUAAAAAGUACAAACAGAGUAAGGCAGAUAUUGCAAAGCAAUUUGACCUCCCGGAAAGGCAGUCCAAAAUUACAACAUUAUUGAAUCAAGCAGGUCAGGCGUACUGUAUUUGUCGUUCCUCAGACAGUUCCCGUUUUAUGAUAGCUUGUGAUGCUUGUGAAGAGUGGUACCAUGGAGAUUGUAUAAAUAUAUCAGAAAGAGAGGCAAAGUAUAUCAAGAAUUACUUUUGUGAUAGAUGCCGAGAAGAAGAUCCCAGUCUUAAAACAAGAUUUAGACCUCAAAAGAGAGAACAUGAUAAUGAUUCAGGUCGCGAUGAUAGAAAGAAGAAACGUAAAGAAAAGGAUCAUUCAGAGAAUAAGUCUUCUAAGAGGCCAGUUAAAGAUGGUUGCGGUAAUUGUUCUGGGUGCAUGCAGACUAAUGAUUGUGGACACUGUGAAGCCUGUGAAGAUAUGUUCAAAUAUGGUGGCAACAACAAGUUAAAGUUAAAAUGUCGUCAGAGGUUAUGUGUCAAAAAUAAGAAGACGUCCAGGGUAUCUAGCAGUGGAAAUAGAAUCAAGAAAAAGCAUCACGAACGUCAAAAUGAGUAUGAGCCGGAAGAGUCCAUAUCACACUUGCAAACAGCCGAGCCAAGGCAGUGCUAUGGACCUCAAUGUACUUUAGCUGCUCAAUAUGGUUCCAAAUACUGUUCCACUCAGUGUGGUAUGAGAUUGGCAACUAAUAGGAUAUAUCAGGUGCUGCCGCAGCGUAUCCAGGAGUGGUCACUGUCGGCAUGUGUGGCGGAGCAGCGCAACCGCAAGGCGUUGGAGGUGGUGCGCGGGGGCCUGGCGCGUGCGCAGGCGGCGCUGCGGGCGCUCGACCGGCAGCACGCCGAGCUGGACGCGCUGCUGGCGCGCGCGCGAACCGCGACCAUACUGCCCACGAACGAGAAGGAAGCAGAUGACGAAACAUCAAUGUACUGUAUCACCUGCGGGCACGAGAUCCACUCCCGAACAGCGGUUAAACACAUGGAGAAGUGUUUCAUAAAGUACGAGGCUCAAGCCUCCUUCGGAAGUAGACAUCGCACACGUAUCGACGGACAGAGCAUGUUCUGUGACUAUUACAAUCCAGUUAAUGGCACAUAUUGCAAGAGAUUGCGGGUAAUGUGCCCAGAACAUUUCAAAGACCCAAAAGUUAGCGAUACGGACGUCUGCGGGUGUCCUCUGGUGAGGAACGUGUUCGAACCCACAGGAGAGUUUUGCCGCGCUCCUAAGAAGUCCUGCCUCAAGCACUACCAGUGGGAGAAGCUGAGACGGGCCGAGAUCGACAUGGAGAGGGUCCGACAAUGGCUGAGAGUAGACGAACUCGUCGAACAAGAAAGAAAUAUAAGACUGGCUAUGGCUUCCAGAGCCGGUGUUCUCGGGUUGAUGUUACAUUCAACGUAUAAUCACGAAGUGAUGGAACGCAUCACGAAAGCCAACGAGAACGGCAAGUUGAAGGAAGGUUCAUGACAUAAAGCUAAUCCACAAAUUCCGAUUACUGCUAAUUCUGUGCAUAAUAAGAAGAUUAAAUAAUAAAGUUUA